AUGGUCUCCGCUGGCAUUGAAAAGAACAUGUCAUCCCCCAGUGUGUUCGGAGAGAAACUGAAAGGUGACAAAAGCGAUGGUUGUUAUUUUGACGACUAUUGUAAUUGGACAAGGAUACCGGAAUUUCAGAAAUUCAUAUUUGAGUCUCCUGCAGCAGCUGUUGCUGGUACUCUAAUGAAAUCUGAAGUUUGUUCAAUCUGGAUGCCAGUAGAUCCGGUCUCACGGGAAACAUGUGUUCAGUUUGUUGCUGGAUCUCACAAAUGGGCAUGGUAUUUCCCCAGAAAAUUUGCAACAACUCUCCCGUAUGAAAUCGAAGAAAAGUUCCUUGAUAAAGAAUACGAACCCGUUCCCGAUGUUGACGCCAAUAGGCACAAGUGGAAUAUUUUAUCUUGGGACCUUCAGGUUUAA